CAGGACAAAGCUGAGCUGAGAGAGGCCCCCAGCAGCCUUGCCCUCUAGCGUGUGAUAUUUACCAGCCCUGGCCAGCAUGGUUGUCCUGAAUCCAAUGACUUUGGGAAUUUAUCUCCAACUCUUCUUCCUCUCCGUCGUGUCUCAGCCGACUUUCAUCAACAGUGUUGUCCCAAUCUCAGCAGCCCUUCCUGGCCUGGCUCAGAAGAAGCGGAGCAGCCACAAAGCAUGCUGCCUAGUGACACCCCCGCCACCCCCUCUGUUCCUGCCGCCGUUCUUCAGAGGCAACCGAAGCCCGCUUCUCUCUCCAGACAUGAAGAAUCUUCUGGAACUUGAAGCCUCACCAUCACCCUGCAUUCAAGGUUCCCUUGGCUCUCCUGGUCCCCCUGGUCCCCAGGGUCCACCUGGGCUUCCUGGCAAGACAGGACCAAAGGGAGAAAAGGGGGAUCUUGGCCGCCCAGGAAGGAAGGGUAGACCUGGACCCCCAGGUGUUCCUGGCAUGCCCGGGCCUGUUGGCUGGCCAGGCCCCGAAGGACCCAGGGGUGAAAAGGGUGACCUGGGUGUGAUGGGCUUGCCAGGGUCAAGAGGACCGAUGGGCUCUAAGGGCUUCCCUGGAUCCAGAGGGGAAAAGGGAUCCAGAGGUGAAAGGGGUGACUUAGGUCCCAAAGGAGAGAAGGGUUUCCCUGGAUUCCCUGGAAUGCUGGGCCAGAAAGGCGAAAUGGGUCCAAAGGGAGAACCUGGGCUAGCUGGACACCGAGGCCCCACAGGAAGACCAGGAAAACGAGGCAAGCAGGGUCAGAAGGGAGACAGUGGAAUUAUGGGCCCGCCAGGCAAGCCCGGGCCUUCUGGUCAACCUGGCCGUCAAGGUCCUCCAGGUCCCCCAGGGCCCCCGUCUGCAGGACAACUUGUCACGGGACUCAAAGGGGAAAGAGGAUUUCCAGGGCCUCCAGGAAGAUGCCUUUGUGGACCCCCAGUGAAUGUGAAUAACCCCUCCCACGGGGACCCCAUGUAUGGGCUCGGCUCCCCUCGAGUUCCUGCGAUUUUUGUGGUCAACAGCCAGGAGGAGCUGGAGAAGCUGACCACUCAGAAUGCCAUUGCCUUUCGCAGAGACCAGCGAUCUUUGUACUUCAAAGACAGCCUUGGCUGGCUCCCCAUCCAGCUAACCCCUUUCUAUCCUGUGGGUUACACCGUAAAGCAGCGUGGCACCUGUGGGGAUGGGGUCCUGCAGCCUGGGGAGGAGUGUGACGAUGGUAACCAUGAUGUGGGUGACAGUUGCAUUGACUGUCACCGGGCCUACUGUGGAGACGGUUACCGGCACCAGGGCGUGGAGGAUUGUGACGGCUCUGACUUUGGAUACCUGACAUGCGAGACCUAUCUCCCUGGGUAGGAAGGCCACCCAUGC